CAAAAACGGUGAAGUAGCAUUGAAGUGAUGAAAGUGCAGAAGACGUAGACGUAGACAAGACAACGACGACAGCGCGACGACGUUGAAAUCAAUCGAAAGAGAAAAUUUUUAUUUGACCAACAGUAAUGAAAAAGUGCUUAAAAAAUCAUCAACGGCGUGAGUGCGGGAAAUUCGAAAAAUUAAAUAAUUGGGAAAGUGCAAAAAAAUUCGUUUAGAUUUUUGUGGACGUGUAAAAUUUCAUUGUCGUCGUUGUUGCGGCAGGUGCGCUGGAACGUCGCGAGGUGCGCCGUCGUCGAAAUCGAAACCAAAAACGUCGACACAAAGCAUCGAAAUAAUUCCGUGUGGAAAAUAACCCCAAAAAAGUGUGAAAUUAAAUCAAAUACAAAAUUAGUGUGCCGAGGCGAAGCUGUGUGGGUACAUAUACAAUUUCUUUUUCUUUCGUAUAAGCUAGCGUGUGCCAAAGAUAGUGUAGUAAUAAGAAUUGAAUAUAAAAAAUAAUUAAAAAAUGCGUGCUAAGUGUAGUGCAUAUUGUCAGUUGUUUUGAAUACAAGCGAGGUGCUGGGUAUAGCGAUACGGCACCCGAUAGUGCAAUUCGCUGUUGAAUUUUAAAAUUUAAGUGUAAAUAAUAUUCUAUUUUUUCGUACGGUGCGUGUGGUGCAAUUUCGAAUUGCACCGUUAACCGAAAAAAUUCCGAAGUCAUCGGGCACCACUACGUUACAGCGUCUCAAGGCCAAGGCUGCAGGUGGUAGCGUGAAACGCAGUCGAAUAGGCAGCGCAGCGGCUGGGACAACGGUAACAGCGAACAAUAGUAGUGGUAGCGGGAUCGGAGGAAGUGGUCGUGUAGCAGGCGGCCGUAAAUUUACAGCAGGCGGUGUACAACAAUUGCAACGAAGUGGCGGCGGUGCUGGUCAGUGGGCAGCAGCGGCGGCGGCGACGACGACGAGUGGUGCGGGUCCUGGCAGUGGCGGCAGCGGCAGCGGCAGCGGGCAAGGAAAUUCAACGACGUCUGACUCCGCUUUGUUGGGUGAAAGGGAAUCGGCAUAUUUGCAUGGUUUUCAAUCACCAAGCUACACCACCACAACCGCAGGAACACCCACAAAAUCAUCAUACCAUCAACAGCAACAACAACAACACCAAUCCAAUAUCAACAACUACAAUUAUAACAACCACCACAACAAUAGUAACAACACCAGUGCCAAUUAUUGCAAUUACUCAGCGUACGCCAAUACAUCAUCGUCGGCAUCGCCUCACACCAAGCUACCAACGGCCCCUGCAGGUUCAACUACGAUGAUGAUGACCAAACAAAAAAGUUCUCUAGCAGAGCGCCUAAAUAUUGGUGACGAAGUGCGCGAAUUAAAGCUCGGCUGCACGUUUAAUCCGAAAAAUACAACGACCGCCUUUCACACGAUAAAAUAUGACUUUAAGCCAGCGAGUGUGGACAAAAGUAAAGUAGCUACUGUUGACGUCGGCUCCAAUAAUCAAGUUACAGUAACAGUGCCAAAUCUAGUAAGUUCCGGUGUGCCUCAUACAGUUUAUAAGGGAAAUCACAGAAAAUACACAAAAGAAUGUUUAUUGAUUUACGAUCGAAAAACCGGUGGUAUUACUUUCGAGAAACUGAAUCACAAUAUACAAGUGAAAAAGACUAGGAGUGAGAUGACAAACAAGCCAAGUGCGAUAGCGGCCGGCGCGAACGUUGUAGCGCCUCAGCAAAAACUAGAAAAUAGCACCAUGCGCAUCACAUCGAAGACGAAAGUGUCCACAGGGAGUCGUCGGAAUAAUAUAAUUGAUUUUAAGCCAAGAAAUUCGCCAUCCGCUUCAGCUUCACCGUCUGCACCACCAUCCAUUCACAAAAGUCCACAGUCAGCUCCGGCCUGGAACGCGCACAAUGCACAAGCCACGCUACCUAGCAUUCCAAUGAUCUGCGAUGACGACGAUGAUGGCAUGUUUGGUUUCUCCUCCGCUGCUGGUAAUAGUCAAGCGCACGGUGGUAGUGGUAAUGACCCGUCGAAUAUUUCUUCAUCAUCCUCGGCUUCGAGCCAUAACAAUUCGGCGCAUGAAUAUCCCAUGCACCAGCAGCAGCAGUACCAACAGCAACAACAACAUCCGCAUCCCUCGUCGACUAAACAGUCCAAGCAAUCGCAUCGCAACAAUCAGAAACGGCACAAUAACCUUAGCUCAGCGGCGUCUGCAAACCCGAUGGCGACGGCGCCGAGUCAUGGCAAGCAAACGAAGCAUAACCGCAUGGAACAACGAACUUCCUCGCCACAAAACUUCGCGCAGCAACAACAAAGGCAACAACAAAAUCAUUAUCAACAACACCAGCAGCAGAUGCAGCAGCAGCAACAGCAGCUGCAACAACAAUCAAACAACAAUCGCAUGUACUCCUCAAACUCCACAUCCUCAGCUCAUAUGUCGAAUGGUGGCCUUGGUGGUUAUCACAAUAACAAUAAUCUAUCAAUGGGCAAUCAUAGUGGCAACAAUCACAUGCACCAGCAGCAUCAUCAGGCGCAACAGCAGCAGCAGCACCACCACUACCAACAUCAAGAACAACAACAUAUGGCAGGCUUGUCAUCGCCACACGACAGCGAUGCGGCCAUGGCCAAUGCGGCGGCGCAGCUAGAGCAGCAAAUUCGCGGCCUUAGUUCAUCCAGUUCGAGUUCUGGCUCCGAUUCAAGCGGUAGUGAUAGUGGCAGUGAUUCUGAGGAUAGCAGCGACGAUGAGGUUGGCGCUGAUAAUCUCCAAACUCAUCACCAACAACAGCCACAGCAUCAAAUGCAUCAGCUGCCGAAUUUGAUGUCAGCGCUUCCACCAAUGCCUGCAGCAGCGUCACAACACAGUCGUAAUCCCCAUUCGUCUGGCUAUGCGUCCAAUAGCAAUAACAAUAUGAAUAGCCACAACAAUAACAAUGGUGCAUUUACAAGUGAUUUGCUGCAGAACGAUCUGCAAUUGUCCUCAAAUUCUUCCGAUGACGAUGAUUAGUAGAAUAUACAUAUACAUAUACGCGCUACUUUUACAUAAGUACAUAUGUGAGAACAACAAAAACGUCGUACACAACACUACACAUAGAAAUAUGUUUCUGCUAUUUUUUAAAUUGUUUGUUUCGCUAUGUGUUAGUGUAUCUAAUGUGUAUGUAUUUAUGCUAUGUACAUAGCAUAGUAAUUUAGGCAAACAAAGGAGUUCUAGGAGUUUUAGGAAGUUUUAAUAAAUUAAUAUUAUUUUUAUUAUUUGAUUUCAAUUUGAAUUAAAAUUUAUGAUGAGUCGCUUGCAACGUUUUACUCCUUUGUUGUAGGAUUUAACUCGCUGAAAUUGUUUUUAUAAUUUUCCUGUUGUUAUGUAAGCAUAAAGAAAACAUUGAAAGUGAUGUACGGGAGGGGUAAAAAGGAGAAUUUAAUACUAGAAAAAUUUAAAAAACUCAAAAGAAUAUGUAUGUACUAAGUAAAUAAAACAAAAAUAAAAACAAAAACAGAAAAAAUAGAAGAAGGAGGCGAACAUUUUUUGUAGAAAGAAAGCAACGCUUUAAGUGAUAAAGCAUUCAUGAAAUUAGUAAAUCCAAAACUUUAAGUCUACGCAUACUAUAAACUAGCAACACAAAAGUGUGCUGGAGGAAGCGAAAACAUAAAAUAGAAUAGUUGAAGACGAAAAAUAGCAAAAUAGCAUAAACAAAUAAAUACAAACGAAAGAAAUUGCCAAUUUGUAUAUUUAAAUAAUUUUUGUCACUCAUUUUUGUAUUAAAUAAGUAAGUUUAGUUAAAUUAUGAAAUGAGAUAUGGAGAACAUUAAAUACGAAAUUGUGCGAGAAUAAGUGAAAAAUGUAAAACGAAAACAAUUAACAGCACAUACGCAAUCAGCAACUGUGAAACAUUAUUGAAAAGAGAUUUAUAAACUACAAAACAAUAAAAAAACUAUAUAUAUAUAAAUAAAAUGGCAAAUAAACGCACUUUAGUGAAAUACGUGCAUAUAUAUGUAUGUAUGCACAUACUUAA